AUGAAGCAGUCUUCCCUUCCACCUAAGAUCAUAGCCUUGUUGCAGGAGUUUCAUGAAGUGUUUGCUACACCAGUGGACUUACCUCUAGUGUUCAAGCCAUUUCUUAGAAGGUUUAUUCUGGUUUUCUUUGAUGAUAUUUUGGUUUAUAGUGAAAGCAUGUCUGUUCAUAUGGAGCAUCUUAGAGUUGUUUUAGGAGUGUUGGCUAAGAAUCAAUUGUAUGCUAAGAUAUCUAAAUACAUGUUUACUUGCUUGGAAGUUGAAUACUUGGGUCAUAUCAUUUCUAGGGAAGGUGUAAAAAAUGACCCUAAAAAAAUUUUGGCUAUGCAAGAAUGGCUUGUGCCUAAGGAUGUGAAAUCUUUAAGGGGUUUCCUAGGCCUCAUUGGUUAUUACAGGAAGUUUGUCAAAGGGUUUGGUCAUAUUGCAGCCCCCUUAACAGCACUUUUGAGGAAGAAUUCAUUUACUUGA